CUAAACUCAGAGUUAACAUACUCAGAGUGGAUUGAACUAACUCUGAUCAGCUGUUCAGAAACCGAAAACUCAAGAGUUUCCAAUCUCAGGACACACAGCAGCAGUGCAAUCCGCUUUUUCUUCCUUUCCCAUAAUCACCUGAACAAUAUGCUCUAUGACGGUGCGUAAGGGAAAAAAGCUCACCAUCUCCAUCCAGGAACACAUGGCCAUAGACGUCUGUCCCGGCCCCAUACGACCAAUUAGACAGAUCUCUGCCUAUUUCCCUCGACUCUCCCCGACCGCUGAGCCUAUCUCUCCUAACCCUGCUUCUCCACUGGCUCUCAGCCCGGGGGUUGGGGCCUCUGGAGGAACGAGUGCAGGUCUCUUGUCCCCUCUGCAGGCAGGGGCCAGAGGAGGGGGUGGGACUCUGUCAGCAGCAAGCAGCAUUGAGACAUCGGUGGACAUCUGCAGUUCAGACAGCGAUGACAGUACUGCACUGGGGACAUUAGAAUUUGAACUGAGGUAUGAGAGAGCAACCAGUUCCCUCCACUGUACCAUCAUCAGAGCCAAGGGUCUGAAACCUAUGGAUUUUAAUGGCUUGGCAGAUCCUUAUGUCAAACUUCAUCUUCUACCAGGAGCAUGUAAGGCGAAUAAACUGAAAACCAAAACUGUACGUAAUUCUCUAAAUCCUGUUUGGAAUGAGACUCUCACUUACAUUGGCAUCACAGAGGAGGACAUGCUCAGGAAGACUCUGAGGUUAUCGGUGUGCGAUGAGGAUAAACUGACUCACAAUGAGUUUAUUGGAGAGUCUCGUGUGGCCCUGCGACGUGUGAAACCAGACCAGACGAAACGUUUCUACAUCUGUUUAGAACAUCCACCACCUCUUCCCUCUCCUACAGCCAUGGGAGCAGCACUGCGAGGGAUUUCCUGUUACCUACGAGAGUGGGAGAACGAACAGUUGACCAGUUUGGAAGAGAGAGGCCGCCUGUUGCUCUCACUGCAGUUCCUUACCCCACCUGCAGAGGGCGAAGAAGGCCGGCGAGGGGGCCUGUACGUCGGAGUGCUACGCUGUGCCCAUCUGGCAGCCAUGGAUGUCAACGGCUUCUCAGAUCCCUAUGUGAAAAUAUACCUGAAGCCAGAUGUGAAGAAGAAAUCCAAACACAAAACGGCAGUGAUUAAAAAGACCCUUAACCCAGAAUUCAAUGAGGAGUUCUUCUAUGAGAUCUCUCUAUCUGAACUGGUCCAUAAGACACUGGAGGUCACAGUAUGGGACUAUGAUCUGGGAAGAUCUAAUGAUUUCAUAGGUGGCGUGUGCCUGAGCUGUCACAUCCAAGGAGAUGCUCUUCGCCACUGGAUGGACUGCUUGAGGAACAAGGGUCAAAGGGUGGAGCGUUGGCACAUUCUGGCCAAUGAGCUGCCUCAGACCACCUGCCAUGAUUGAGGAAGAAUCCUGCCAGGAACGAGGAAAUCAGUCAUGAUAGGUUAAUGGAUUUGAUUGAUAUGAGGUGGACAUGGAGAUAAUUAUAUGAGCUAAGUAGGGGCCAAGAUGUUGGAAGUAAAUUACACACUUUGUGCUGUUUAAAAGGAAAGUGGAGGAUGGGCCACCAGUCGUCUUCUGACUUGGUGUCACUCAAAGCGAGUCCCCGCCCCUUUCACCCAAUUCUCUCUCGCACGCUCAUUGCUGCACGUUUUCUACACAUUUUGUAACGUUGAAGUGUAUUUUACUCUAAUGAAAUCUUGUGUAGCACAAUUCUCUUUUUUGAUUAACCGAUUACAAUGUAUUUCAAUGUUCAGUGCUUUCGUAAUGCUUGCAGACAGCGCAUCUUUAACAAUAUACGGGGGUGCAUGUAAACUGCCUGCCAUUAAUGCAUCAGAGUGAUAAACACAUGGUACCGCCAUGACAACAUGGGAAGGUCCUUAAGGGCUUGUCCUCUCAAUGUUGUCAAUCAUAUUUGAAACAAAUACAAUUUCAUCAGGAGCAGGUUUCUGUGUUCUGCUAACAAAUAGACUAUCCAUUUUGUAGCAUGAUGCAAUGUUUACAUUUUUUACUUUGCACCAACUCUGUUUUCCAAGGUCUCAAAUUUGGCAGUUUUCAAUUUCCAGUUGUUACUUUUCUUUAAAAAGGGGUUUUAUGGACAUGCUACAAUUUGAUAUCGCGUACGUUAAUUACUUGAUAUAUUUUUGGAAUCAAAUGUUUAUAUGUGCCGUAUACUAGGACUAUCUGGAGUGCGUCUGCAUGCGUACGCGUGUGUGUCGUCUGGUUGUUUUGUACCAAAAAAAGUGCUGUAUUCUUGAGGGUUUGUGGUUUACAUUUCUAUAAGUGCUUAUGUACAAAUUGGAAAUACAUUUGAAAUGCAUUGCUCUUUAAGAUGUGCGUCAUUUGCCUGCAUCCUCUCGAAGCGAGCUUAGAAACCUCUUAAGAAUUACAAUUCGCAAUCGCUCCAGCAAGCAGAACAUCUAUCAUGGCACACCACCAACAUAUAAGCAUACUUCAUCUGAAUUAUCUCAUUCGCAAAGACUUCAUUCUGGGAGUGACUGUGGUGUUGUUCAUGCAGUUGUGGAUUUGGGUAUCUUUACACCAAUAAGCAAUAAGAUACUCUCUAAAUGGGAUUCCAAACCAAGAUAAUAUCAGCCUUUCCUACUGCGAAAAACCACUGCACUGAUUCUGUGGUUCUUCGAGUUGCAUCUGGUUGAUUAUGUGUUCAAUGAGUAAAUGGUAAUUAGAUGGCCACUUAACAGCAGACCACAGUGAGGUAAAAGUGUCAGUGUCACUGUAUCUGGCCCGGGACAUUGCCGCUAUCAUCAUACAGCCUGGCCCUGGUCUGGGCGAAUCCCCAGCAGUAAACAUUUUGGAUGGCUCCCUUAUCUGACACAACCAUUUCAAGUCUUGAAGAUGAGUUUGAUUAGGUGUUUGAUUAUAUAAUU